AACCGCGUUCAAGUCAGCCCCUCACUAGCGUGCACAGGUUUACUAGCUUUGCGCCGCGAAAAAAUGCGCGCAGAAUUUUUUUUACGGUCUGAGGCAAAUAUAACGUUGACGACCCCAUAACUUCCUCGUUCUUCAUCUUCAUCUUCAUCCGCCGCGGCGUCAUCAGAUCAUCAGGCAGGAGUUGCAUUUUGGUGACGAUGGCACGUUUUUGCGCGGCCCAGGAAACCACUAUCGCAUCAACCGAAAAGAGUGGUAUCUGGAUAAGCGACGCAGGCCGCUGAGCUCCAUUUAUCGUUCUGGGAAAAAAUGAAAACCACGCUCUGUGUAGUUGUAGACCCAAGAUGUCAGCCGCAAUAAGGUGUGGAACAUGUUUGAUCGUAGAAUCGAUAAUGAUGCAAUUAUAGGUGGUGGUUGUCAUACAGCCUGCAAAUGCGACUGCGAAUCAUGCUCAUGCUGCGUUUGGUUUUUUUUUUUCCUGUGGAUUCCAUGGCUACAAUCUUAUCAAAUGCAAAAAUGUCUGGGUGGUCUGGAAGGAUCCGAACUUGUGAUGCGAGUUGCGGAUCGUACAUAGAUCUGUGUUGCAUGACUGGCAAAAGGUGCUGCCUUCUGGCCAUGCUGACAGGGUAUUUCUCAUGCAGAAUAGGCAUCACGAAGGGGCGGCAGAACCUGCGAUGUUAGGCCCCGCAUUCCAGACUUCCGGGAGCUUGGAAAAAGUGCAUGACAAAUCCCGGAAUCAUCCAGACCCAGACAUUUUUGCAAUGCAUAAAUCUUCUCAAACGUCGAGAGCACGCAAAGAAUGGCGUUUCGAAGGCACAACUUCGACCUGCCCGCAGAUUCUAGAAGGUCGAUGCUUUUUAACAGCACAGCCUACGAGUCAGCGGUCGACAACCGGGCGCCAAAUCCUUUCAGAGACAACUCAGCACAACUGGGAACCUCCGGUGCCGGAACACCGGCGAUACAUCAGCAGUUGCAGCGGGGUAUCAAAUGUAAAGAUGUCUGGGUCUGGAAGAGCGUAAUAUGUUUGUCAUGCUUGUCUGGCAUGACUCUUAAAUCUGUCAUGCACGUUACCCAAGAGCGCCACUUUUCUGUCAUGCAGAAACACAGUGCGUCAUGCAGAAUAGGCAACACCUAGAAGCUCAGAAACUUCUCAUGCUGAGCCAGCACUUGUGGCCUCCUCAUGAUACGCCACCCAGCAUCACAAGUUUCCAGCCCCAGACACUUUUGCAUUUGAUACGGGGUGAGAGGGAUUUUCUGAAGUUAUUUAACACAGAAAGCGAAGAAUCCGCCGCGGCGUCAUCAGAUCAUCAGGCAGGAGAUGCAGUUGAACGCAAGAAUUACGUAGAAGUAGAGAAAAUCACAGUCCUCGAGAAGCGUCGCACCAAGAUGAAAAGGAACAACAAGAUGAAGAGUAGUUCGAAG